AUGACCGUCACGCCCUUAGAAUCAUCAAACAGCGCUGAUUCUUUGCUGAAAUGGAAAGCUGAGUUUGGGAGGGAGCUUGAGAGCUGUGUGUUACUUGGUGCAACAUCUUUCCAAAGAAAUGACACAAUUUCAAGCAUUCAUGAGGAGUACUACAAAUCAUUGACUGCUGAUGAGCUGAAACUGAGAGUUAUGUGGAUGAUAUCGAGUUUGUUUGCUGCUUCUGCAAGGCAUUGCUUGUUGAAACAGUUUGUUGACAACAAUGAUCAUAAGAUGCUUUGUAGUGUGGUGAUUGUUGAUGCAAGUAAACAAGGAAGGCUAUGGAUAAGACAGGAACUACUUGAGGAGUUGAGAACUUGUGUAAACUCAUCAAUGGAGAAGACUAGGGUUCCAGCUCUGAUGGUGAAGCUGUGGUACGUGUCUAUGCUGGAAUUACCAGAAUCAGGCCGUGUAAUGCAAGGAGCGACGCUUGUCAUCAUCGGAUGGCCGGUACCGGUUGAUCCAUAG